AUGGCCCCGUCCCCCUCCCGCCCUUCCGGGCAGCAACCCGGGUUCUUGACCUCCCUAAAAACCACCCUCCUCGCCCUCAUCGACCCCUGGAUCUUCAUGUCCCUCUCCGCCUCCUACCUGCCCACAACCAUCCUCUCCCUCCUCCGGCAGCGCCGUUUCCUCGCCCUUUUGGGAGGCCCUCUCCUUUCCAAUGAUUUCCAAUCCGUCUGGUUCGGCCAUUUCUGGUCCUGGGCCGGUCCCCAAGUUCGCUCGAACGCCGAGGCGAACGUUGUGCCUCUGCUCGAAGGUCGUGUGACAAAGGGGCAGGUCGUGUCCAAGAGCGAGGCGCACGCGCCUGGUGUCGGAGGAGUGGUGUUGGAGAUUGGACCGGGGAGCGGGAUGUGGGUUAGUUUGUUUAGUGAUGAGAAGUAUUUGAAGGAUUCCGAGGACUCCGAGGAACAGGAGCAGGGGCAGCAUGGAGAGGGAGAAGAACACGAAGGCCUAUCAGCCAGCUGGGCAACGAUACCCGCUUCCGAGCAACAGCAACCACCCCAAAAACAGGCAACAACACCAAAGAAAGCAAUCGGAACCCGCCAGCGUAUAACCCAAGUCUACGGCGUCGAGCCUAACUACGGCAUCCACCCUUUGCUCCAACACAACAUCACACAAGCGGGUCUCUCACAAACCUACACGAUCCUGCCCUUCGGCAUCGAGGACAUCGAGCGCUACGCGCCUCAGAUCCAGCCCGAAUCACUCGACUGCAUCGUCUCGAUCCUUUGCUUGUGCAGUAUCCCGGAGCCGCAAAAGAACAUUGGGAUCUUGUACCGCUACCUCAGGCCAGGCGGCCGGUGGUUCGUUUACGAGCACGUCAAGUGCUGCUCUGACAUGCCGGGCGGUUGGUUCAUGAAUGCCUACCAGGCUUUUGUCAACCUCUUCUGGCCCGUCUGUCUGGGCGGAUGCCAGCUUCGUCGCGACACCGCACGGUAUCUGAAGGAGGCUGGCCCGUGGACUGAUGUCGAUUUGGCUCAGCCGCCUAAGGAACAGUGGCACCAAACCGGCCCCAUAUCUAUGGCAUCUUGA